CUUCUGGUCAUCCCAGCCACUGGGGGAGAACAUCCCAAACCAGCCUGCUUUUCUCUCCACAGGAAGACUUUAUCCGCCAUAUUUGUUGUCGCAGAUUCGCCAGAAACCUUCCUCAAAACAAAUAAAAAUACGAUUUUCAAUUACUUAUUCAAUAAGUAAUGUAGAUAUAAAUAAAUGUACAUGUAACUCUUGGGGUAUUACGUUUUAUUUUACAAACAUGGCGACGUCAACUGCAGGUGGGACUUCCUCCAUCUUCAUGUGUAAACUGUGCAACCUGUUCUCUCCACACCGAGCACAGCUCCUCUCCCAUGUGUCUGAGAAGCACCACACAGAGGGGCUCAACCCUGAUGACAUCAUUGUGGCCCUCAUGCCAUUGACAGCUCCACUGGAGAAUGGUGGAGGUGAGCACCUCCUCAAAGCAACCAGAGAUACUAAUGGUGGAGAUAGCCCUGUUAAGAGAAAACGAGGACGUCCUAAGGGCUCAACCAAGAAGAUUGUAGCUGAUGGGCCCAUGACAGAGACUACUAGCCCCAACCAGAAAAAGCAGAAACAACAGACAGUAGAGGCCCAAUCAGAAGCUGGGCCAGUGGACGAGGAAGAACCAGAGGACAACAAUGCCCUGGACUGCAAGAAGUGCAACCGUGUGUUCGGCAACAGACGACAGAUCAUGAAACACAUCUGCUUGAUGGACCUCAGAGAGGAUGAGGAUCAGGAGGAGGACAACG